AUUUUAGUGACUGACAUCCAGAGAACAAUAUGCUUGGUUCCCCAGCGUGCUUCGUCUUCAUCUUUCUCCUCUGCCAGCUCACAGGGUCAGCAGCCUCUGGAACCCUUAAGGAGCUGGUUGGUGCCCUUGGUGGGACUGUGACUUUCCCUCUGAAGCACUCAGUAAAUCAGAUUGACAGCAUUAUCUGGAUAUUCAACACAACCCCUCUCGUCACCAUACAGCCGAAUACGACAGACAGACAAGCCAAUGUCAUAGUGACCCAAAAUCGUAAUAGGGAAAGGGUGGACUUCCUGCAUGGAAACUACUCCCUGACGCUCAGCAAACUGAAGAAGAAUGACUCAGGUGCCUACCGUGUGGAGAUACACAGCUCAUCCCUCCAGGAUCCCUUCAUCCAGGAGUAUGGGCUGCAUGUCUACGAGCACCUAUCAAAGCCCAAGGUCACCAUGGGUCUGCAGAACAUUAAGAAUGGCACCUGUGUGACCAAUCUGACGUGUUCCGUGGAAGAGGGAGGAGAGGAUGUGACUUACAGCUGGAAGUCCCUGGGGCAGGCAACCAAUGAGUCUCAUUAUGGUUCCAUCCUCCCCAUAUCCUGGAGGCUGGGGAAAAAGGACAUGACCUUCAUCUGUGAGGCCAGGAACCCCAUCAGCAGCAACUCUUCAAACCCCGUCUCUCCCCAAAAGCUCUGUGAAGGUGCUCUUAGAGACCCACGUGCCUCCAUUUUCCUGAAGCUCCUGGUGGUGGUCUUCCUGCUCAGUGCCGUUGCACUUGUGCCAGUUAUUUUGAUAAUGCGGAGAGAAAGAGGAAAAGUUUCAGAGUUCGUUGAAGAGAAGAAUAGAAUGGACACUCAUCAAGAAACUUUUAACCACAACCCCCCUUCUGGAGAGACCUCAGAGUAUGCCACAACUUCUCACCUUAAUAAAACUACUCCGGAGGAAAAUCCAGCGAAUACGCUUUAUUUCACUGUGCAAAUACCCCCAAAGAUGGAGAAACAUCACUCUCUGCCCAGGUCACCAGACUCACCAAACCUAUCUACCUAUGAGAAUGCCACCUAAACAGCAGUGUACUCCCUCCUGUCUUGCCCCAAAGAAAACAGUCAAAAGAAUUUACUGACUUGACCAGAAAUACCAAGGAAGAAUGAAGAACACUGACUUCCUUCCAGAAUGAACUAUCCUGUAUGCUCUUUCAGAUUUAAGAGUUUCUGAUUCUACCCACUGCUGAGAAAUCUCCUCAAACCCAGAAUGUGUGACUAUCCCUUCCUCAAAAUGUGAUUGUGAAUUUAUCAGCCAACUUCAAGCAAGGGUCUUCGAAGUGUCUCUGGUGAGAUGUAAACGCCAUCUCACACUUAUGAAUGACCACUCCCAUCCUAGGGCUUGGAGGUCAGAAUAUACCAAGGGUCUGGUUGCUAAGAGGGCAAGAACUUCAGAAAGGCAGACAUUCCCAGCAGAAGCAAAAACAGAAGCCAGAAAUGGAUUUAUUAACCAGCUUAUCAACUGUGCCUGGCACUGCGCUGAGCUCACACUGAUUUUGGUCAGACACACUCUCUGCUCUUGUGAAAUCGGUCCCUCAUGAACUACUUCCACGGGCAGUUGCAGCACACCUGACUGCAGAUUCUCAACACCCAGAGGAUGAGAUAUGGACUUGGGGUCAAAGUGCACAAGGACAGAGAAAACAGGUGGAAGACUGGGUUUGGCUGGAUGGAAAUGAUACUGAACCUCUUACUCUCAAGUUCAUGUGCCUGAUGCGCAGUAAACCAAUCACUGAGACAUCAGGUGCUUGGAAACGGAGAAAGGUUUAUUCAAACUGGCCAAAACAAGAAAGCGGGAGCAUGGGUUCUCUGAAAUCAGCUUUAACAAGAGCAGAAAGCAGGGGAGUUUGCCUAGGGGGCUAGGGCGCAUGGCAGGAGGAGCUUCAGAGAAACAAAGAGAUCACUCCUGAUAAGCCCCUGGGCAAUCUGACUUCCGGCUAUGGCGGCUGGGGGCCAGCCAUCACGUGAUGGAAACCUCCCUGAAGGCAUUCUCUUUCUUCUGCAAACAAGCUUACAAAUCCUCACGACCCUUGAGUCACCCCUCAAGUUAAACAGGAAAACAGCAAAUUGACAAGACUAACUUCUCUUAAAGGCAAUCACGUUCUUACUGAAUAUCUACAGUAAUUCUCAGGUACCUGGCUUCAGAAACUCAGCAUGCCUGACCCAAGGAGAAGGACCACUGCCCCAGCUUCAUUUACACUUUUGUGCUGCACAUGAGAAGCCCAGGCCUUAGGGCUGUACAGGAACCCAUCCCAAUGAAGAAACUGAGCCUGAAGACACAUUUCAAAUCUGUUAUAAGAGACUUGGAGUCGGGGGUGGUUGCAUGCAAACGUUUAAAGCCCCUUAAUUCAUUCAACAAAUAUUUAUUGAGAACCUCUGCUAGGUCAUUCUGGCAAAUAAGACAGACAUGAUCCCUGCCUCCAUAGACUUCACCUUCUUUUCAAUGAAAUGAAAAACAGGAGGAGGGGGAGGGUUGCUUCUGAUGUGUUCCAGGACACAGGUCUUGAGUGGAGUUGUUGGGAAGGGAUCUGAUGUCCCAGGUCUGGGGGGGUUAAGUGUCAAAUGACAAAACUAAAACAAUUUAGUAACAGGUUUGAUGUCCUUUAUUCAAGGGAAACAAUCCAUGGACUAGGGGAGUACAGUGCCUCACAAGCAGUGGAGCACAGUUCCUGAGGGAUUUUGGGCAAGGGGGAGUUUUAUAGAGCGUUAGAAGAGGCCACACAUGAUUGGCUAGGAGGUUGGGGAUUUCCCUAUAAGGCUAGGUGGUCCUUUUUUCUAGGGUAAGGUAAGCUAGCUAAGCUGAGUUGGAGGACUGGGAUUGGUGUAUGUUAGGUUUCCUUGACGGGUGUUUCUCAUAAGUGCAGGCUGACUUAGGUUUCAAUUUAUGAUGUGGGCUGGGCCAUAGGGGCGGCAUCCAUUUUGUGGGUCCCGAUAUAUGAAUUAACUUAAUCAGAAGUAAGGGGAAGAAAUGUGUAUUAAAAUUUGUGAAAAGAGGGGCCGGUCCAGUGGCGCAAGCUGUUAAGUGUGGGCACUCCCCUGCGGAGCCCCGGGGUUCGCAGGUUUGGAUCCCAGGCACGCACCAAUGAACUGCUUGGCCAGCCAUGCUGUGGUGGUGUCCCAUAUUAAUUGAAGGAUGAUGGGCACAGAUGUUAGCCCAGGGACAGUCUUCCUCAGCAAAAAAAAGAGGAGGAUUGGCAGAUGUUAUCACAGGGCUGAUCUCCUCACAAAAAAAAAAAAAAAAAAAAAAUUGUGAAAAGAGAAAAUAUCUGAAAAAAAAACCUUCAGAUAUAAGAUGGUCAAGGUAAGAGAUAAUAAGUCUUCAAGAAAAAAACUAAGGAGGAGGGGACCAAGAGAACAGUCUGAGACUGACUUGAGAGGAAAUGAAGGUUGGAAAUAGGAGGCAGUCCCCUAACGCUGAGGAACCUGGAGGAUGGCUGUGUUGUCCUCCACAUGGAACUGUGCAGGUGUAGGGGAGGAAAAACCCUUUUCCUUCUACCCUUCUAGAUUCUUGGCUGAGACUCCCCUGUAGUAAAAGACAGACUAACAAGAGAAAAACAAAUAGGAGUUUAACAACAUAUAUACCUCCUGUAUACAUGGGGCAGACCCAGGAAAACUGAGUAACACCCCGAAAUGGCCCAAGCCACCGCCUUAUAUACCAUCUCCAGCUAAAGACAAAAGAAGACAAUAGGGGGAGGAGGGCAGUUAUGAGAGGUUAUCAGGCAAAGCACAGUAACUGAGGGUAUGACUGUUCUGCAGAUUUAAGUCCACGCCUUCUCCAUUGAUAACACAUUUCUAGAGAUUUAGUCAUCCUCCUCUUCCUGGUACAGAGAGGGAGACACCCUUACAAAUGGAGAUUUUCCUUAUAAACGUGAAGGUAAAUGUCUCCUACAAAAGUGUAACUUCUAGUUGUUUUCAGAGCUUUCCCUGUGUCUGCUAUUUCUUAAAAAUUAUCAAUUCAGAACAAUCCUUAUGCCAAAGAGGCAUAUUUUGGGGCAGCACAUUCUUUCCUUCACAGGUGUGGCCUGCCAGAGGCACCGCAUCUGAGGGAGUGCCACCCAUGUGACAAAUACUAUGACUGCCUGUAUUUAUUACUACAGUUUUCUGGGAAAAAAAUAAAGUGCAUUUUUUAAAUAAAAUCAGUAUGUCUUGAGAAAGAGUUGUUUUUUUCUAAUUCUCACAGAGGUG